AGGAAAAUGCCAAACUAUUACAAAACUGAAAUGUGGGAUUUGGUACAGGAAAAAUUUGACAUUGACCCAUUCGUUGAACCUUGGAUAUCGAGUUCCUUAAGUAGCAAGUGGAGGAAUUUUAAGUCUUCUGUGAAAAGGGAUUGGUUUCAAUGUAAAGAGCGGGACGAAAGGGUAUCUGAUGAUGAUUGGGCAUGGCUAUUACGAUAUUGGAGCACAGACAAAGCUUUGAAAAAGGAAGUGGUGGGCAAGGAAAAUAGGGGCAGAGUGCUAUCAGCACACACCUUGGGUUCCAAAAGCUAUGCUUGCAAGAGAGACGAGAUGGCGGAAUCUAGGCCGGACAAGUCUGAGCCGACUAGAGCCGAGGUUUAUGUUGCUGCUCAUGUGCGCCCGAAUGGGACUCCAUUGAAUGACAAAGUUGCAAAGGUUAUUGAAAGGAUCAACGAAAAGAAAACUCAAAUAGAGCCUUCUCAUCAUGAUAUUCCUGGACCGCAUGACAUACUAUCACAAGCACUCGGAGAGGACAAAUAUCAUCACUCGAGAACAUUUGGAUUAGGUUCAGGUUGGGGCGUGAAGAAUUCUCGUGUGUCAAUAUUAAAGAAAGCAUUAGAGGCUAAAAGAAAUGCAGAAGAGAAUGCGGAAAAGAUGAAAGGAGAGCUGCAGGAGGUGAGAGCGGGACAAGGAAAAAUCAUGACCUUGCUGCAUAAACUUCAUCCAAAUGUGAGCAUUGAUGAAUUGUUAGACUCAACAACACAGGACCAUGUAGUCAUCGAGUCAGAAGGAAAUGGAGAUGAAAUGAGUCCGACUGGAUUUGAGGGAGAAGAGGUAAACUUAGGGAGGAGUCCACUGCUUCCUAUGUUGCAAGAUAUAACUCCACGUAGAACUAAUAGUCAAUUAAAUGAGGUUACACCAAAUCAAAUUCUUCAAACUUAUCUGCCUCAUUACAAUGGCUUAUCAUCUGAAGUGAAUUCUUCUGUUAUAAAAAACACUUCCCAAAGG